UGACGGAAGCGGCUCCAGCGUGAGAUCGAGCGCACCCUGAGGACGGGAUGCUUCCUCCGGUCCGAGACCAGGACACCAGCGGCCCCGCGCACACGCACACGCACGGACACGGGAGGCGCGGCCCCGCGUGCGCGUGUUGUUUAGGCUAAGCUAACGGCUAACAGUUAGCUGCUAACGGCUAACAGCUAGCAGCUAACGGCUAACAGCUAACGGCUAACGGUCCAGGAGGAGACCUGAAGCGGGACAGAGGAGAGCUGCCGGGGGACAGACAGCAUCGGGCCUGAGGGCCAGGACACCUCCUCCUCUUCCUCCUUCCUCUUCCUCCUCCUCUUCCUCCUUCCUGUUGCUCCUUCCUCUUCUUCCUCCUCCUCCUGGAGUCCUGUCCAGACCUGGUCUCCUUCAUGGUCACUAUGGAUUCAGCCCUGAACCCGCUGCAACACUUCUCAGAAAACUCCUAUAAAAUGACGGAGGAGGACGUGAAGAGGCUGAUCGAGUUCAGGGCGUCCAACGAGGCUCUGUUCACGGGGAAGAGGAACUCGGCCAAGAUAGCCUGGAGCACCAUCCUAAAGGGCCUCGGUCUGGAGGGGAAGCUCACAGCGGACCAGAUCGCCAAAAAAUGGGAUAACCUGCGAACAAAAUACAAGGACCUGAAGCAGCCGUACCAGGGUCAGGACAGCAUCGGGGGGGUGGUGGAGUCGUGGCCCUGGUUCCACAUCAUGGACGAAGCCAUGCACGGCCGCCUCUACAACAGCAGCCUGGUGCUGAGCCCGGAGGCCGCCGCUAACGCCGGACACCGCUGCAGCCUCCAGAACAACCACAGCCAGGAGAACACCGACAUCCUGGAGUUCCUCAUCAAGACCGAGAUGGACGACACGGUGAAUCAGGAGGCCGGCGGGGACGACGGGGGGGGCCACAACGAGGCUCCUCCUGCUGAGGGAGUCCCCAUGGGCUGGAGAAGGAUGAGCGAGUGCUCCUAUAAAAUGACGGAACCAGAAACAGAGAGAAUGAUCAAACUUCGAGCUGCCAACGAAGCUUUGUUCACCGGCAGGAAACAUUCAGCCAAACCGGCCUGGAGAGCCAUCCUGUACGAGCUGGGUCUGCAGGGGAAGCUGACCACGGAUCAGCUGGCAAAGAAGUGGGACAACCUGAAGAGGAGAUACAAGGAGCUGAAGUUUCCCGCUCGAGGCGUGGAGACCAACCCGAGCUCCUGGCCCUGGUUCUACCGCAUGAACGACGCCAUGGAGGGCCGCUUCGUCGGGGCGGCGCCCAUCCUCACGCCCAUCGUGGAGGACGAAGACGAGGACUGCGAGCCGCUGUCGCCGACGCCCAAGAAACGAGCCCGACGCAGCCGAGGGGGGAUGGCCGAGUUCCUGACGGAGUCGGAGAUGGACCUGCUGGUCGACAACGAAGACAAGAACGGGUCGUCGUCUCUGGGAGAUCUGCAGCGGAUGGCCGAGUUCACUUACAAACUGGCAGAAGAAGACACCAGGCGACUAAUUGAGUUACGAGCUGCUAACGAGUCUCUGUUUACGGGGAGGAGGAACACUGCCAAGCCGGCCUGGAGGGGGAUCGUGAAGGAGAUGGGUCUGACGGGGAAGAUCACACCUGACCAGGUCGCCAAGAAGUGGGACAACCUGAAGACCAAGUUUAAGGACCUGAAGUUUCCUCCUCGGGGGAUGGAGGCCCAGACUAACCCCGCCUCCUGGCCCUGGUUCCAGCUGAUGACCGACGCUCUGGAGGGACGGCUGGCGGGCAAAGCUCCCCGAGUGACGCCCGUCUGGAGCAGCGAGGAGGACGGCGUCUUUGUCUCGUCUCCUCCCCCCGACAGAGACUGUCUGAUGGCGGAGAGGAGCAGCGUGUCAGAGCUGGAGAACAUGGUGGGGGGGGACACCGCCGAGGCCGAUGGGAAUGUGACCUACAUCGACGCCAGCGGAGAGGAGUGUUCAACGCCCUCUGACCUCUCUUAUAAAAUGACGGACCAGGACACCAGGAGGAUGAUCCAGCUCCGAGCUGCUAACGAGACUCUGUUCACCGGGAGGAGAAACGCUGCCAAAGCUGCCUGGAAAGCCAUCCUGAAGGAACUGGGGCUGCAGGGUAAAGUCUCCACCUACCAGAUGGCAAAGAAAUGGGACAAUCUGAAGAGGAGAUACAAGGACCUGAAGUACCCUCCUGUUGGGAUGGAGAAUGUAGCAGACAGCACCUCCUCCUGGCCGUGGUUUCACCUGAUGAAUGAAGCCAUGGAGGGCCGACUGACGAGCAGCGCCCCCCUCCUCACCCCCGUCACCCAGGACGACGAGCAGCACCCCUCCCCCGCCCCCAGACACAGGUCCCGGCGCCCCUCCCCCUCCCCCUCCUCCUCCUCGGACUACGGACAGGAGGCGUUCGGUGACGGCGGCGAGCAGAACCAGCGCAGCUCGGAGGCGUGCGAGGGCCCGCUGGGAGGACUGGAGAGGGAGUGGGAGGUGGUGGAGAGGGAGAGGGCGGCGCUGGAGAGGGAGAGGGAGAUGGUGGAGAGAGACCGAGCGGCGGUGGAGAGGGAGCGGGCGGCGGUGCAGGCGGAGCGGCUGUGGUUGGAGAGGGAGAGGGCGGCCGUGGAGCGGGACAGAUCCAUGGUGGAGCAGGAGAGGGCAGCACUGGGCCGGGACAGGGAGGUGCUGGACCAGAGGGCCCUGAUGCUGAACUCUGUGGGACACUCCGGACACCUCAACGCUUUAAUGUAGACCAGCAUGCGGCGGGGGGGGGGCUGUGGACCUGGACAUCCGCUGUGGAGAGACACGUCUGGACCUGGACGUGGUCUGUCUCCACACAGAGCUGGUCCUGGUUCCAACAGGAGAGCUGCACACAGAACUAGUGACCUCGUCCUCAAACGCUGGUUUAAGGUAGGAUGUGAGUUAUUGAUCCAGAUAUCUGUUUUUAACAUAAACAAUCUGGAUUCAGAUUAGUUUGUUUUUUAAGAAUCAUGACCAAGAUGCUGAGCAGAACACUUUACAGCCGGCUGAACUUCUGGGUCUGGUUUAGUCUGGACUAAAGCUCAGCUGGUGGUUGAGUGUUGGAGGACGUCUCCUCUGAGCUCUGGGCUGUAGACGUUUCAGCAGAGGAGGUCAGAGCAGAUCUUCACUCAGCGGUUUGUGUUGGCAGCGUAGAGUCUUCUGAGCAUCAGCGUCUCUUUUUAAAUUGUUCCCAAAACAUCCUCAAUCCUAAACUUUUCUAUUUCACACUAUUAUGACAAAAACAGAAAACCCUGUUUGUGGGAGCAGAUCGGUGACGAGCUCAUCUCUUCAAAGAACGAAGCAGAAACGUUUGGUGCUCGUGGAGAAAACAGAACAAUAGAUAGGAGCACAAAUAUCUAAUACAAAGCACCGGAGCGAUGCCAGUCCAUCAUACAGCCGUGGUCAUAUGUCAACAUGUUGUUGUCAUAGAAACAUGAGCAUUUCUGCCAGAAAUAAGAAGGCGUUUUGCGGACACAGACCUUAAAGUGUCCAAUCAGCUCCGACAGAAGAGCUUUUAUUUUCUGUUAUUAAACCGGAGGACGCAGAGAAAAGUGAACAACUUCAACAUUCUACAUCCUUCACACGAGACCCAGCGUCAGCCCUGAAGAACAGAAUCAGAACGUGGCCUUUUAGCUCCUGAUAAGAGUCUUUAUAACCACUCCAGUCCGUCAGUUUGACAUUAGAAACAGAUUAUUAUUGAUCUGUUAAGAAUGAUUGUGCAGCUCUUCCUGUUGAGACCUCUGUGGUCUACUGGUAACCAGUGUCACCAGUAGACCACCACCGUUCGUAGACCAACCCGGGAUGUAGACCACUUUGGACCAAUGACGUGGAGCCGAACAAAGAAACUGGACUCAUAAACAAACUGAUGUUCAUUCAAGUGUUUAUUUGGGCUCCACCCAUUGUUUUGUAUUUAUUUACAAGCUGUUCUUUUGUAUUAUUUUUAUUUAAACGUGACGGCGGACGGAGCUGCGUUUGUUUCUUCCUCUCAUGACGUCACUUCCUGCUGUUCUGAAUGUUUUACAGAAAAUAGUCCGUCUGCUGCAACAUGAAGAUUUUUAACCCGUUUCCUCCGAACAGACUGAAGCGACUUUUCCUCUUUCUCUCGUUUGUACGACAUGAGAUUAAAGUUUCAUUAUCACUAAUGUUUGUCUAUAUGGAGGUUGUGUUUCUUUAUUUUAUAUUUUUCCACUUUCUCCUGUUCGUCCAUAUGUUUUGGCCCUAAUGGUGCGUUCAGGUGCUCCUCUGAAGGUCACGAGUUCAUGAGCUUUAAGAGAUAAAGAGGAAACAACAUGGACGCUACAAAGAAGAGUUUUAUUGCUCAGAGCGUUAAAAAA